AUGUUGAUCUUAACAUUGAUCGCCUUAGCAUUAGCAGCAACACCAACAACACCAUCUGAAUCACCAUCUAUGGAAGCUGUCUCUUUGUUCGAUCAAACAGCCUUGAAAGUUACUUUACUCAAUGGGGAAUGCAACUUGUAUCACAUCGACUUGGACAAACAUGAUACUAUGUACGCCCCUUAUGAUUUUAAAUUCAAAGACAAAACAGACAUCGUAGAGGUUGUUGUGACUUACGACUUGAAAUUCCAAGGAACAAAGACCUCUGCCAUUUGUUUGGGUAAGAAGGAGUACAUCGGCAAAUUUGCACCAAACGAAACUGAGUUUUAUGGAGACAAUAAUGCGCUCAAAGAACUUAGAUGUAUACAAAACAAUAGCACAACUUCAGGGACUAUAACUGGAAAGAUGCAAUACCAAGAUUACGCUGAUAUUUAUGUUGGUAUUUGGAUCGAUUGUAAAUCGAGUACCGUCUGCACCAAAGAGUCAUUCACAAUUUCUACUAUGGUCCGUGCAAAAACAGCUGGUGACGUCACAAACUUUGCCACUGGAUCAUACCCAGUAUUCCCACAAGACGAUAAUUUGGAAAGAUGGUCUGUACCUUUCAGUAUUAAAACAGCUGGUUCGACUGGGUCUUACUACGCUGCUUUGUACUAUACUCCAGCUGAGGGCCAGGAAUCCGUUUUCGCUUCUAUUGAUGGAGAUGAGUCUAUUACUUUGUUCUUCACUAAUAAUUUGACUUCGAGUUGUAUCGGCAAUGACAACUUGUGCCCAAGCAAUUCGCAAAACCAAAACUCAUACCUCAACUCAAACAACGUUGCUUUUACUAAGCCUUGGAAACUCGUUUUGCAAAGUGGGAAGGUCGACAAUAACAUUAAAAUCAGAAUUUCAAAAUCGGGUGCUUUGAAUUUCUUCAUCGCGUUGGCUGCAGUUUUAUUGUUCUUGUUCUAA